CCACGACAAAACCCGAAUCCGCCAAAACCCUCGACAAAUACUAGUCACAGACCUCGCCGGUUUGUCGACGUCAGGAUUCAGGUCUUUUUUCGCGCGAGUCUCUCCUUGCCCCGUCGACCGCCUACCCAGCCCGCCGCUGUCGUAGGUUGCUGUAUAUCAACGAACGGUUCCUGUCCACUUUUGGCUUGAUCUCAAGUCAAGUGCAGACCUCACCAACACCUUUCGGAGAUCGCAGUUUCGGGUUCUCUCUCCCUCUCUAUUUCCUUGUUCACCCUCAUACCGCCUUUCUCUCCUCGAGUACUAGUUUUCAGAACUCACCGGAUUUCCUAUCAUCCUCCCCGCGACACUGUUUUUCUUCCCGUUUACGACAAAAGCAAGUUUCCUUAGGUCGCUGUUGGUCGACCAUCCUUCUACGUUAAAACCGAUCCAUCCCGAAUUACUCUCGAUCUAGACGUUUUGCCCUUAUCCCCAGUCGACACGACAUCGGAAAUUGAGGUGCACCGUUAAAUGGCCUGUCAAGCCUACUAGAUACACGUCGAUCCUCGCUCUACCGCCAUCAAACACACGCUCACGCACGGGACGUUUUAGCUGUGGUGAUCAUCCGCAGCUUUCCUUCACGCGUCCCAUCACCGCUCUCUCCUCCGACAAAGGUCGCGUUCCGAUCUUCGUCGGACCCCCUCCCAACCUUCAUCAUGCCCGGUGGCGUGUGUGCCGUCCUCGAUUACGAGGUCGACAUGAUGGCCGAGUACGUUGCUGAGAUGGCGCUGCGAGUUGUCACUCCCGAGGCCUCUCUGACCUCGCCCUUCCGCAAGUUCGUGUCUCAGAUCCUCACUUCGACGAGGCUCCCGAGCACCACGAUCCUUCUCGGAAUGAACUACCUCGCCAAGAGGAUCAACACCUUGAAGGGCCAGGGUCCCUACAAGGCCUCUGAGGGUCAGGUCUGGCGAUACCUGACUGUGUCGCUUCUGCUGGGCAGCAAGUUCCUCGACGACAACACCUUCCAGAACCGGUCUUGGUCCGAGGUUAGCGGUAUUGCCGUGUCUGAGCUCAACUCGCUUGAGUUUGAGUGGGUCGAGUCUAUGGGCUGGCGCCUGUAUGUCAACCUUGACCUCAGCAAGGACUACCAGGCAUGGCUCGAGAACUGGCGUGACUGGCAGGACAUGAAGAAGCGACAGGCUGCCCAGGCCAGCCGCGAGAGACUCGCUUCUCUUGUCCCCGCGAUCGACACCGAGCUCGCCAGGUACUCUGGCCAGCGCCAGUCUCCUCACUCACGCUACCUUCAGGAACAGGUGGCCGAGUACGAGCGUUACCAGGCUAUGAAGGUCCAGCAGCAAAAUUACCGCCCUCGUGGCGAGGCUCCUUGGACACACAACCCAUGGAGUGCUCCCCUCACGCCUCCCGACUCGGGCUAUGGCACACCCGACUAUGCCAUGUCCGCCUCGUCCAGCAAUGCUCGCUACAACGAGUGGUUCUCUCAGGCUGCUGCUCAGUACACCAGCCGAUACCCUCAGCCUCCCGCUCACAACUCGUUUUACCCCAACUCCCGCCACAAUUCAUAUGGCGGUCACUACCCAUACAACCAGAACAUGUGGGAGCAUGGCCUUGCUGAAUGCAGCUGUGCUGGCUGCGUCGACCCGAUGAAGCAGCAGGUCCCCUACUUUGUUCCUCACGGCUACAGCCAGCCGGUCAUGGGUUAA